ACAAAAGUUCCUUUCCAACAUGGCGGCGCACAUGUUCAAGUCCUUUUGUCACGUUUUGCUGGUGGUGCGUGUUUCAAGACCUUGAGAAUCGCCUGUUUUGGUGUCCUUGCUGGCGCGCCGGCGUGCGCGCCGCUGAGCAAAAACGAAAUGACUUCGAUCGGCGAGCCUUUCGUGCUCGCCACAGUCACGAACGAAGCGGACGCGUUUCGCGGCUUUUGCGUGCAACCGGGACCGUCGGACUCGUCGGUGAUCGUGACGCACGGGCAGCUGUCGGCUUCCCUCGUGGAACUCGAAGGGCGCCCGUUCAAGAUCAGGACAUGGCACACGUCGCACGCCGAACCUUUCACGUGCCCCGUCGUGUACGACGCGCUCCGGUCCAAGUACGUGGCCGCGAGCCGCAAGAGCUUGCUGAUCCUGCCGCCUCAAGAUGCCCCCUCCGGCGAUACGGAGACACGUGAGCGCAUCGCCGUACCGGACCGCGUUUUCUCGGUUCUUCACAGAACCGGCGGCGAGCCCCUGAUCGUGUUGGACAGCGGUGUCUGCGUGACGCUAACGGAACUGCAAGCGUCGGGCAAACGUUUUCGCUCGACGAAGCUGCGAGUAUGCGGCGAGGACGAGGAACUCGUCCAAGCAGAGGCGGCCAUGGAAACCGGCCGCAAUGGCUUGGCGACGUCGCUGCUGUCCGUCUCGAUCGCCGCUAAAGCGGCUGGGUCGUACCGGUGCCGUUUGUUCCGCGUAGGAGACGCGGCAAUCGAACAGAUCUCCGAGACUUCGGUCUCUAAAAGCGACAGGCCCUCUGUCUGCCUAUUCGGCGGCGAUCUGCUGAGUUUGGGCGAAGACGGAUCGCUGUCCGGCCGCAAGCUGCCGUUGUCGAGCGUCGACGAAGCGGCGGGCGCGUUUCUGGCGGCCCUAGACGACAGCCGCGUGCUCGUCGGCCUGCGAGACAGGGGUCUGGUGUGGAACGUAAGGUUUGGCACGCUGGAGGUGUCGAGGACUCUGGAGCCGCAGACGGCGGCGAAGCGAUGGGCGCUGGUCGGAAACGACGUGGCGUGCUUCGUCGUAGCCGGCGGUGCCGUCGCCGGCAACAACAACAACGUUAUGUGCGUGUCUGUGAAGCUGGGACGGUCCACCCUCUGUCAGGUCGUCGGGCUCGGAGCCCGAGCCGAAGGCAGUGUACCGACAGCAUCGGCGGUCGCCGCGAAAAUCUGCGCCGGCGACGCCGGUAGCGUGGUGGAGCAGUUGGCACCGCUUGCUGACACACUGCCGGAGCGGGACCUCGUAAUGCUAGUGAAACGCCUGUUCCAUACGGGUGCCCCACCCUCGGCCGGAUCCCCAGAAGUCGCCGUCCUGCACAGCCUUCUGCGUUGUCCGCAUACGUGCGAGAUACUUGUGCAGUGCCUUCGUGAAUACUUGCACUCUGAACAGGCCACAGCACUGUUCGUUUAUCUAAUCAGUGUCCUUGAAAGUUACUCUUUAGCUGACCGAGAGGAAAUGCCGCUAGAAAAAGUGAUUGACUGGUUGUCGUGCCUGUUGGACGCUCACUUCAACCACUGGGCCCUGGACACCGGGCCUCUCGCCAUCGGCGAUCUGCUAAGGAGACUGUCGGUGGCGGUGUCGCACGUUCAGGAGCUGUUCGGCGACCUCUGUGAGUUAGAGCAAUGGUUGAUGCUCAUCCUUGGCAGAAUGGACACACUCAAAUUCGAGGACCCGAGCCUAUACACAAUAGAAAUCUUGGAAAUAUGAGCCUCGGGAGUGUGGCUUCCUCACAGUGGGGGAGAGCCAGUCGCUGUGCCAACAAACUCGGCCUAGUCCAGUGGUGGAUGACCCAGACACUGGACGUGUAGUAACACAAAAACGUGGCCUGUUUCGGAGCUGGCGGUCGGGACACUGACGCCGCGUUUUGGUGACGGUCGCCGCUCAGGAUUUUACAAGUGCCUUUCGUCGCUCUCAAAAGACUGCUGUGGAAUAAAGGUGCUUCUGAGAACUUCCA